AUGGGUGUUGAAAAGCAAGUCCUUGUCCCUGGCGAUGGCCAAAACUUUCCUAAACCUGGUGAUCGUAUCUCCAUGCACUACACUGGUACCCUUACGAACGGUAAAAAGUUUGACUCCUCCGUUGACCGUGGUACCCCUUUUGUUUGUAACAUUGGCGUUGGUCAAUUAAUCCGAGGUUGGGAUGAAGGUGUUCCCCAAAUGAGUUUAGGUGAACAAGCCAAGCUCAACAUCUCUUCUGACUAUGGAUAUGGCCCUCGUGGAUUUCCUGGUUUGAUUCCCCCCAAUAGCACUCUCGUCUUCGAUGUCCAACUUUUAGCCAUCAACAACUUGAAGGCUUAA